AUAAUUUUUUUUCUUUCUUUUGAAUAAAAAAAAAAAAACGAUGGAUGAAUUGAUGAGACGUGGUUAUGAAUCAUUCGUUCGUAUCGAUGAAGGUGGCCAGGCAAAAGUUUAUAAAUCAGUAAAACAAGGUAAAUUGUAUGCAAUAAAAGUGGUACAUGUUGAAGAUCCAAACAAUCCACGACUGGAUGAUGAUCUGAAACGGGAAUUGCAAAUUAUUCGUAAUGUAAAACAUCCAAAUUGUGUACGAUUAGAAGAAUUGCUUCGUAGUAAAGGUAAAAUUUAUAUUAUAAUGGAUUUCAUGUCCAACGGUACAAUUGGUGGUUGGGUGAAAACACAUGGUCCAGUUUGUGAAUGGAAAGCACGUGCUUGGUUCUGUCCAGUGGCCAGAGCGAUCAAAUAUUUGCAUGAACACAAAAUUGCACAUAGAGAUUUAAAAUUAGACAAUAUUCUACUUGAUCCUUACUGGAAUCCAAUGGUUUCGGAUUUUGGUUUCAGCCGUUUCGUUAAAAUAUCUGAUACUGGUCAGGUGGUGAAAAGUGACACAUAUUGUGGUACGACAUCAUAUAAUCCACCCGAAGUAUUGAAACAAAUUCCAUAUGAUCCAUUUUCGGGCGAUAUCUGGUGUCUUGGUGUCAUGUUAUUCAUCAUGAUCAAUAAAAUCUAUCCAUUUGAUCGUCAUGAUCGACAAAAAAUGUAUGAAUGUCAAAUGACACGUCAAUAUAAAUUACAGGAUCAGAUUGAGGAAAAAUCAUCGAAUGAAAUUAAAGAAUUGAUUCGAAUAAUGCUCGAACCAGAUCCAGAAAAACGACCAUCAAUACGUGAAAUUUGUGAACAUCAUUGGUUUCCGAUUGCAUUGCGUGAAAAUGAAAUUCUUGCCUCACGUUCAUCGAUAAGCCUUAAAAGUGUUCGUCGUGGUGAAUGAUAAUGAUGAUGAUGAUGUGUGUGUGGUGCGUGUGAUUUUAUGAUUAUUUUUAUUGUUGCUGCUGAAGGAGUUGAUUAUAUUUAUGCAUAAAUGUUUGGACAUUAUCUUCGCAUAAUGAAUUAAACCAUUUUCCUUUA